GAUCAUUUAAGCCUUUGAAUUGAAAUAGAAUGGCUCGUAUUGAACUCAUACGUAGAUUGCGACUAUUCACAGUUUUACGUCGAAUGUCAGAUUAUGAUAAUCGAUUUGGUACAACCAAACUAGUGAUGCCAGUUGUUUCACGUCCUGCUUCAUUUUUUUCUUUCAUCAAGUCGAAGCUUAGUGAAGCUGCCUCUAGCCAGUCUAAAGACUCUCAGAGUGUACCAAAUGACAGUGAGUGGUUGGAUGCAGUCCAAGAAGUUGAAAAAUCGGAAUUGUUACAUUGGAAAGGAUCUGAUACUAGUAUGACUAGGACAGAACUUCGAAAAUGGAAGAAACGUACAUUCCUUCAUAUUUUAGAAAUGUUUAUUCAACGAUCAGGACCAAGUCGUAAAGGUUUCACUUCGUUUAUUGAAAAUGCACUAAUUAAAAUGCCUGAAUAUGAAGUGGUUGAUGAUUUAGAUUGUUAUAAAGCAGUAAUUCGUUUAUUUCCUACUGGACGAAUGGUUGUGAAACGUUUCUUACAAGCUGAUUUUGGUCAUUUUCCAAAACAACAACAAGUUAUGAUUGACAUAUUAAGUCAAAUGUCAAGAUAUUACGUCCUGCCAGAUGAUGAAGUUGGCCAAAUGAUUAUCGACGUUUUCGGUUGGCGUAAUCAUGCUAUGAAUGCUUAUCGUCGUAUAAUGUAUUGGAUGCCUAAAUUGUAUUAUAAUCCCAUUAAAUUGGGCUGUUUAAUUGCUGAAAGAAUAUGCCCCGAUCGGAUGACAGAAUUCACUGUUGUACAGAUGUCUUCAUCUAAUCCUAAUAGACCAGAUUCAUUUAUCAGUGCUCAAAGUCCUGAACAGCGUGCAUUACUAGCAUAUUGUACUAAUAAACAAAUUCACAAUGAUCAAAUUAAUAAUACUCAAUGUACAAAACCAACGAUUUAUUUAGAUGGACCACAUUAUGUAUGGUUUAGAAAUUUACAAGCUGCUUAUUACACCUUAUGGACAGAGAUCGAUGCUGAUCGAUUAAAAAAAGAAAUUAAUUCAGUAAAAGCUAACCAAGUGCCAAAGCAUAGUGCAGACGAACCGUAUAAUCUUUCGUUCUUCAACUAUUCUAAUGAUAGUUCAAAUAUAGUACUGAAUAGUUCCAAUUCUCAAAAUGCGAAUCGCUCACUUUUUCCACAUAUGAGUCUUCUUCCUACAGUGAGUUCAGUUGGCACUGAAUUGCACCAUUGUAAUGAAGAUAAUGUCUUUACAAGAUUUAUAAGUAAGUGUGAACCAGAAUUCGAUAAACGUUGGCUUUCAAUUCGUCAAAGUCAUGUCUAUAAAUAUUUACCAUCCAAUCUAUGUCAACAUGAACAAGGUGAGGGUACAAUACUUGCUGUUGGAGUUGUUGUACCUAAACCAGAUGCUUUGGAUAAUCAGAAAAAGUUAUAUGAUUGGGAAGUUUCUAACAGAAUUCAUCAUUCAGAUUCAAAAGAUUGUAAACAACGAAAUCAAAAAGAAAGAUACAAUUUACCACAAAUCCCAUCACCUGCAUCUUCCGCACUUAUUCGACUUUGGUUAAGUGAACUGCACGCUAAAAAUCCUUUCUUUGAUGAUGCUGCAUUAGUUAUUCGAGUUCCAAUGAAUAUUGAUCAGGGCCAAAAAUCUGGAAAUAAUAGUCGUACUGAUGAUGAUUUACAUUUAGAGAAUCAAGAUAACGAUAUUAAUCAAAACAUGAAAGUCUACAAGUUGUAUGAAUUGCGACGUUAUUAUGCCAGAGUAUCAUCAUUAGCAUUUGCUUUCGACACUUUUGUGGUUCUUAUGAUUACGUUAAUACCAUGGAUCAUCUCGUAUGUAACGGGUUUCAUGUAUAUAAAUUCUUAUGCUUUCCCAGAGAAACCCCUGAUAUCGUUCGACGGAAACAUGCUCCUUUUUCUUCAGAAGAGUGAUGGUUUUCUUUAUUAUGGUAACAUACCACAAAAGGAAACCAACCAUCUAUUGAAAUCUUCGCUUAGGCUACCUCAAAUCAGUUACUACAAUUCUAAAAAUAAAAACCUCAAUGAAGAAGUGGCAGUUAAUAUUAAUAUCAAGUUUCCUUUGUCGCCGUCGGAAAAAAUAAUUGGUCUCACUAUUGUACUAUUGGUUGAUGUUACCUUGUUGCGUUUCUACAAUAGGCUAGAAAAGGUUCCAGUAUUUAUAAACAAAGUUUUUCGGUCACAUACUAGUGGAUUUCUUUAUUCUGGGGACCUUUUGUGCUUUCGGAAAUACUUGUUACCUUCUACACAAACUAGUAUUUAUGAAACCAAAACGAUUCCAAGCAAAAUCUUUGAGCUAUCAUCAAACAUCUCAAGAGCUGGAUACUACUUACUUGAAGAUAGAAUAAGUGUACCUAUAAUACGUGAAAGUCUUUCAAGUACUUUUGACAUAGAACUGUCUGUGUACUUCUCCUCUCUAAGAAUCAGUGCUAAUCCAGGAUUUUGGUACACCAUCAAAUUUGCAUGGGUUCAAUAUUUAUCAAUUGGUUUAGUGAUUUUUUAUUUAGCUGAAAAAAUGAGAGGAUACAUUUACGAUAAACAAAUAGUCAGAACAAUUGUAAAGUCAACCAUUCCAAAAUCUUUGGAUCAAUGA